ACCCCGUGUCGAUCCGUGGAUGAUUGCCCCAGCAGUCGGCCAUGUUUUUUUCGUGAUUCGUGUUUCGUGUCAAGUUGUCGAAAGUUUUCUCCGUGAAAAUCCGCUCCCAGUUCCGCUCGGGAACCGUUUCUACAGGACUUGCCAACAACUGAGGUGGACGUUCCGCUUGGGGGUUGACGGUCGUGCGUGUGUUGUGGGGUUGUGCGGCCACUGGGAGCAAGAGGACUCACCACCCUCAAUAAACAAGAAGGUUGCUGGAGCUGGGUGGAAGAAAAUUAAGGAGUUCCGCGGAUUGUGAGGCAGGCAGGACAGCGGGGGUUGAGGGAAGGCAGAAGAUAGGGAAGAAUUCGCGAUUGUUGUCGACGCGAUGAAUCGAAGUGAGGGCCUCGUUCGGCGGGUCAAGACUCGCGACACAGAUUCCAAUGGAGGAAGUGGCGGAGGGGGUGGGUCGUCCUCCAGCCAGUACGGCGAUGCGGAGAACAAAAACGAGCAGGAGGAAGAGCUGGAGGAUUGCGACUCGAAGGAAACGCGGCUAACCCUGAUGGAGGAAGUGCUGCUGCUCGGACUGAAAGAUAAGGAGGGCUACACAUCGUUCUGGAACGACUGCAUAUCGAGCGGCCUGCGGGGCUGCAUCCUAAUCGAGCUGGGCCUCCGUGGCCGCGUCGAACUGGAGCGCGCCGGCAUGCGACGAAAGGGUCUGUGCACGCGCAAGAUCAUCCUCAAGUCGGACACACCCACCGGGGACGUGCUGCUCGACGAGGCCCUCAAGCACGUUAAGGAAACCGACCCACCGGAGACGAUCCAGAACUGGAUCGAGUACCUGAGUGGUGAAACCUGGAAUCCGCUGAAGCUGCGCUACCAGCUGAAGAACGUGCGCGAGCGACUUGCCAAAAACCUGGUGGAGAAGGGCGUGCUGACGACGGAAAAGCAAAACUUCCUGCUGUUUGACAUGACGACGCACCCGCUGAACGACAACGUCAUCAAGUGUCGACUCGUGAAAAAGAUCCAGGACUCCGUACUGACCAAGUGGGUGAACGACCCGCAGCGCAUCGACAAGCGGAUGCUGGCGCUGAUCCUGCUGGCGCACGCGAGCGACGUGCUGGAGAACGCGUUCGCCCCGCUCAACGACGACGACUACGAGCUGGCGAUGCGACGCGUCCGGGAGCUGCUCGAUCUGGACUUUGAGGCCGAGGCGGCCAAGUCCAACUCGAACGAGGUCAUCUGGGCGGUGUUUGCGGCGUUCACCAAGUAGAGCUAGGUGGGUUGUGUGCAUUUUGAGCUGCGGGACUAAGAGAUAGAGAGAGAAAUGUUUCGGUUUGCAUCGAAGUCCAAACACACAACAGGUAAAGUCCCAUUUAUAGAGCUUGCGAUCCCCCUGUAGCAUCUCUCCCUUCGUUGUUUCCUAAACGCCGUGUGAUCGAUCAAGCUAUUCCAGAAUUCAGACCCCCUUUAAAAUUACGAAAUCAAAAAAAAACUUUACGGCAUGAUAUGCGACGUAGCCAGAAGGAAGGUGACAUGAAUGAGAGUAGAAGUAGUAAAAACAAAAAAAACAACACACACACUAGCAACUGAAUAUAUUUUUAUUUUAUUUUACCUAUUUAUAGCGGAUAAUCCAAUAAAAUCAAAAAACGAUACAAAACAACAUUACACACACUGAAUCAACACGAAUUGAGGAAGGCAAAGAGUCUUUUUUAAUAAAACAUUACUGAAUACGAUCGUUACGAGCAGCGCUAAAUAAUAAACUAAUUAAGGGACAAACAGUUGUACUGCUUAAAACAGGUUAAAGACACAGACUUAGAACGAGACAAAUAGAGUGGCGUUUCCUUUUCCAACUCUAGCAAAAAAAAUAUAUCAAAAAUAACAGAAAGGUUAAAAAAAAUCUAAGCUAAACACUUUGUGAUUUCACGUUUUUUUUUUUACUCUUUUCUUGUGUUCGAACCUCGUUCCACGCACUCUUACACAAACUAUACACAACAAAACACGUAAACUGCUGAAACCGUUUUUACCCCCAAAAAAAAAGUAAUCGUAAUCGUACACGAUUGGUUUGUGCAUUCUAAUACAUAAAACUAAAAAUCAAGAAGUCCAUCCUAUCCCGCGAUAAUGCGCCACCGACCUCCUCCGUUCAACACAACCCACACUGGCAAAAGGCACCCCCUAUUUAAAUUUGUUACUCUUCUUGUUGUUAGAAAAAAGAAGCCACUACACGAAGAGAAGAGACCAACGGAAACGGAAGCAUUUUUAUAUAUGUGUGUGUGUGUCGAGCGCGCGCGUUAUCACAAAUUUCCUAGAAAGAGCGCGCGCGCGCGAAACUAUGAUAAUUUUUGGUGAAUACAUUUUUCUAUCAUUACACAAAAAAAAACAAAAAGGAAAGAGAUAAGCACGUUUGUGACUCACCAGCACACUUGAAAUGAAAACGCGUGAAUGGUGGUGAUGGUGGAGGCGCAUUAUAAGCAUUGCGGAAGACAAAAGAGAAAAGAAAAAAAAAACCGCGGGAGACAACAGUUUAAUAAUGAUAACAGGUUAGCAACUACUAUAUAGAAAAAAAACAACACACGCAUGUAAGAUUCGGGAUACGAUUUAAAAAAAGGGGUGUGCGAGAAAGAGUGUGAGAAAGAAAGAUUUUGCUGUAGAGUUGUAUUUCCAGAGAAAAAAAAACGCAAUCUACGAGCUGAUCCGGGGCGCGCGCGCGUCAAGGGUGUGAACGGAUGAUAAAAAGUGCGAAUGGCUGACCGGAAAUUAAAAAAAAAAAUAUAUAGUGAGAGAAAUAGCGCGAGAGAUAGAGAGAGUGUGAAGUGUACAUAGAUAUAAUUGAAAAUUAUUGUUAUCAAGUACUACGAUAUGUAAAAUAAAGCAAAAAGUAAUUGAAAAAUA